AUGACCUCGUCUCCUUUCCAAGCUGCCCUCACCCAGCCUGAGGGCCACGCGUCAUUUUCACCACUCCGUGCCCUUGUUUCUGCUCACCAUUUUACCGGCCCGGAGUUUCCCGCCGUCGCAGAGAACUAUUUGAAUGCCUUUUGCAACUCCAGCCAACCAGUCGUACGGCGGAGAUGGAUCGGUAUCGCCCUUGCAUGCAUGCUGGAAAAGCGCAAUGUGGCAGAAUAUGUCCAACAACUGCAAGAGUCACUGCGGGGCUUAGGCGCCAUAAUCCUGAGUGAUGAGGAGCGAGGGACGACCAAGAUCAUUGCUGGUCUCAUUAUGCGACAAGGACUGGAGCAGGGUAUUGAGUACCAGAAGUUCUGGCCGUCGGACAAGGUUACCAACAGUGCACCCAUCUUUCCGCGGGGCGCAGAUCCGGCAUGGGUCCAGAACUUCCACUUCUUUCUCAAUGCGUUGGGCGACCUGGCUCUCAAAAGCCCAACCAGUAGCACUUCUACUGUGUAUCCUGCUUCUUUGGCCCCUUCCGACGAAUUACAUUGCAUUGAGCCCUGCAAUGGCUUCUUGGUCGCGGCUCUUGACGAUGCAAUUUUGACGAUCAUUGCGCCCGAAAUUCACCCACAAAACUGGCAUUUUGUGGACAUACCACUGGAUCGCAUCUUAAACACACGAUCAAAAUUCCAAUUAGAGGAUUCAGAGCCUUGCAUCCUCACAAUGACACUCAAAACUGAGCCGUGGAGCUUUUGUCUCGACUCAACACAGCAAACCACAAAUGAGAUAUCGCUCAUUUUCAGGCACUCUCAAGACGCUUUAGAAUGGAAAAAACGCAUCAUACAGUACCAGAGCGAACGCGGAGCUUCUCACAUACCUCAUGUCUCGACAGUCGAUGCACGCUCUUCACCAUCCAUACAACAGUGCCCCCAGGAGUCGCUGCAUCACUCAGCGGAGCACUCCGCUUCCAAGGUAUGCCCCAAAACCAGUAGCAAACCUCUGGCACCAAGGUCUCCCACAAAGCUGCCUCGAAUCGCCCCACACGCAUCACCUCGAGCCGAAUGGAUGGCAAGCUCAAUCUCGAAACGUAAAACCUACAGCAAAGGAAAGUUACCCAAGGUUUCUCAAGCUGCCAAGCAGCAGGCUCUGAACCAGCUCAUUGCGCACUCUGACACCAUCGAUACAGAUGCAAAACAUGAUGGAGAAGAGGGGACAGAGUCGGAUGCUUCGAGUGCUACAUCUGCCUCGCAGAGACGGUCACUGUCUUCCAAGAAGGCCACCAAUAAUACCAAGACACGAAAAUCCCGCGCCAAACAUACGGCUGAUGACGACGGAGAAUAUGUUCCGAGCCAGGCAAAGCUGAAGAGAAAGACAAACAACAAGCGCAAAGCAGACUUGGACAGUACAGAAGACAGCAAGCAAAAUAAGAAACCUCGGGUACAGCCAGGCUAUCAUGAAAGCUCGACCAGCACUGCACCCAACCGACGAGAUGGAUGUAAAUCGCUUGGAAAGCCAGCCUCGUCUGCAGUAUCUUCGCGACACUCGUUGAUUGAUGGAUUAAGGGCCUCAAAUAAGCCGACCAAUACCCAUGAUGCAGCAUUCAAAAAGCCGACAUUACCUGCACACAUCACCCAAGCACCAUCAACCCCAACAAAGCCGAGAAAAAAGCCCGUAGAGACACCAGGACGGCUACAGACCCCAAGAGAUGCAAGAAGGCCUUUUCACGACAAUGACUUUUCCCACAUGCCCUCUUCACCUCCAAUCAUCUGCGAAGCCGACGAAGAAGGCGAUUGGUUACAGGAAACUGCCGCUGAGGCAGCGAUACUAUCAAGUAACAGCAAACCCGUCCCCGCAUCGCCAAACGCAGAAUCAACAGCCAUUUCUGGGCAUGCAGAUUGCGAGGAUGUGGCAUCUGAGAAACGAACAGGAGAUUCACAAACCGCGAAGAGCGAUCCUUUCACGCGAAGACCAGUAGGAAAAAAGAUUUCAUCCUUCAUACGCCGCCUAACAGGGGACGAGCCUGCACAUGCAGCUUCCGAGCCAAGGCCCAAUGUUUCACCCAGCAUGUCUGAAACUGGAGGCUCUGGCAUUCAUGAAACUGAGGGUGUCGUGGAGCCUGAUCAUCGACUCUCGCCAAACAAGACGCAUAAUACCCCGCACACACAUCCAACCGGGGUGGAUGAACAACUACCUCUAAAUGUUGUAGACGUCUCACCGGCCCAAGGGUCGGAUUUAUCUGAACAUGCUUUUGUGUCGCCUAUCUCUAAGCAAGAUGCAAAGUUGCAAACUAUCGACACCGCUUUUGGGCAUGGCAUCGAUAGCUCUGCUUUGAUUCACAAUCGUGUUAUUGGUUAUGAAUCAGUCACACAAAUUGUCAACGACAGUCACUGUAGGGACGACCAGCAGGACAGCUCAGAAGCCGAUCUCCCACCACUGUUCUUCCACUCGUCUCCGCCAAGGGUAGGUUCACCCAGUAGUCAUAGCUCGACAUCUGCUGGGCGUGGAUCUUCAAUUCAGCCUAUAUUGCCAUUGUCGCAAGCUGAAGAAGCAGAGUGGGAGGCUAAUCUCGAGCCUUACCAGCGCGACUUGCACGACUUGCUGGUCCGCACAUCAAAACGAGUAAUGCGCCACAUUGUCGAUAAGGAGAGUGGACUUGACGAAAUUGUUGAAACAUUUCAAAGUGAUGGCGAGCAUGUCGUAGAAUCACUAUUGCGUCGACAUGAGAACGAAUACAAAUGCAUAUUCACAGACAUGGAGAGUAAGAAGACAGCUUUGCGGGCAGAGCUUGAACUUGCCAUGAAGCAGGUGGCGGAAGAAAGAAGACGCGUCAAUGGCCUGGUUUGA